AUGGGAGGAAAGAUCGGGAAGCUUCUCCUUGCAUCCACGUUGCUCCCCGGGUUCGCCGGCAUGACCUGCUGGGCGAGCGACCAGAGGAGGGGAAACGCUGUGAUCCUGUCCCGCGACUACGAGAGGCUGGAGACGCUGGGAGCGCAAGGAUCCCUCAUGAGGGGGCACGAGGUGACCGGCAAGGCCCGCUGGCUUGGAGGGUGGAGGCUUGCAGCGGGGGUUUCUUAUGAAGUGCUGCCGGAAACGGGGAGCAUGCGUGUGACGUGUAGCCGGGAGUCAGGGUGUGGGACAGACUUCUCGAGGGAGGACAGGCAGAGAGAAAUUUGGAGUUGGCAAGGGCUGGUGAUGAUGAACGUGACGCUGCCAGGUGACGUCCCGUACAUCCUUAAGGUCUAUGGAAGUGCUCCAGAGCAUCGGAAGGUGGGCGCAAGCGCAGGGCACCCCGAGCCGUUCCUUGCCUGUCCCAUCGUUGUGUCCGAGAGCAAAAAAGUAGUAGGGAAACACUCACCCGCCUCCAUGGUGCUGGUGGGAGGAUGCCAGUCUCCUCUCUCAGAGGACGGGAGCUUCGUCUCUACCUCCGCCUUCCGCACGCAGCAGGGAUUGUUCACCAGGUUUCACGUAGGAGUUCUCUUCAACGAUCGAGCGAAGCAAGGAGAUUCUUUCACGGUGGUCGACAUGAUCCUUCAAGUUGUCUUCGCGUUCCAGCCGGAAAACAUCCAGAUCGAACCAAAGAAGUUCUACGAGGACUCAAACCUGCUGGCACGUGGAAGAGAGUCGGAGGCCGCGCGGGGAGAAAGGAACGAGCCAAUCGACAAGCAAUACAUCGAGCUGCUGGCUGGCAGUUUCGCUUGCCCGGACAUCAUAUCGUUGACGAGACGCCAGGUUGAGGUGCAGGAGAUGUAUGACGGACUAGUGACAAGACUGAGGGGAACUACUCGACCGCUGCAUUUCUACUCCUUCUACGGCCGAACCAGCAGGAGAUUGAUCCUCUCCAGCCACGAUUGGGAUCAGAUCGUACGUAUGCACGUUGGGAACUUGGGAUACAAGAGGGGAGACAGGGUCUUCGAAGCUGGAUGUGCAGCAGGAGCUUUUCUUGAAUCUAUUGCUCGCCAGUACGGGUCCUACGUGGCUGGAGUCGACAUUGCUGGCGCUUUGAUCAAUAUAGCGCGUAGUCGCGUCCCGGGGCAUUUUUGUGUGGCUCCAGCGCAGAAUCUCUCCUUCAUCCGCAGGGAGACUUUCGAUCACAGCCUGAGUUUCGGCGUCCUCACGUACGCGGAGCACGCGAUCCAAGCCUGCGAGGUGGCGCGCGAGCUGGUGCGCGUCACCAAACCAGGCGGGACGAUCUUCUUAGGCCAGCUCAACGACCCUGACAUGGCUCCCUACCGCCCUGAGCAGAUGCAAGGCAGCACCGGGGUACCUCCCGACUUGUGGUUCAAGUUUGCGCUCGCUCUUGACCUGGAGGUGGAUGUUGCGAGAGGGGAGGAGGUGUACUCGCGCCGGGUCAUCCCCGACCUGGAGCACUACGACCUGCAUGCCUACUACCGCUACAACGUCUACCUCAGGAAGAGAAGGGAGCAGGAGACAGGCAGGAGGGGGAGGCCGCUGGACGUGGACUGCGGCGCCUUUCGCUCCGAAAGGUCGAUGGAGCGAUACACGGUGGACGGCAGAGGAUGCGCCAUCCCGUUCCGGUACAGGAACGUCCUCUUCGACGACUGCACCCUUGUGGAGAGGGGGGUAGGAGAGUGGUGCUGUACCGACCAGGAGUGCAACACUACCAACUGGAGAGAGUGUGCUCCUGUCUACCGGAGACAAGCCUGA